CAGUAAAACGUAGUUGCCGAUUAAAUUUUGUUUUUAAAGUAUGGCUAGUGAAAUUCGUGGGGUAACAGAAACGCCCACUACCCAACUAGAAAGAUCUUUCUUUCCCGAUUGUUGGAACGAUGAUGCACGAAUGGGGCUUCUCUUGGCCGAAUUUCGUCCAAGAACAGUCAAUCCUGUGAGCUAUGAUACAAAGAUGAAAUUUUGGAAAGAUCUCAUUUCUUCAUAUUGCCGAACAACGGGAUCAAGUGUUGCAUCUAUUGGUACUCUGAAAGAAUCUUUUCGUCGUAAAGGUACGGUUCCGUACUGUCUGCCGGUCGUAUUUGAGGAUAUGAUUGCGAAGGGAGAAGUUCUUGCAAAAGAUCAGCUCUAUGAACAACAACAAAAGGCUUCGCUUGGUUGGGGACCAUGGGCUGUGGAAAACCUGAUGAAAGCACCGUUGAAAUGGGGAUACGAAAAGGCGCGCCAAACGGUUAUAGGAUCAAAAAGUAACAUCGAAUCCUGCGAUUUCAUUCAUAUAGAAACUGUGCAGUACCACGGAGAAACUAUUGAGCAAUUGAUCAAAAGCCACGACCUUUGCAACAAAAUAGUCAACUACGAUAAGUUAGAGAAACUAAUCAAGCAAUCGACAAAUAUAUCAGAAUACGGGAUUCGUGCGGCCUUAGUCGUGUUGAAGCAGAACAAACGAUUGGUGAGAGAAACCAUUGUACGAGAAGCUUUGAAGGAUGAAAUUAUAAAAUUUGCUGGAUCAAAAGACACAGCACAACCAAUAACAGAUAUAGAGCGAUCUAUUUACGAGAUGGAACAAAAUGAAAUUAUAUUAAUGACCAGCAUUGGUAAAAUAGAGCAAGAUAUCUGCAAUACUAUGGCUCAAGUGCGGGGGUACAUUAAGGAUGGUCGGAAACAUUUGGCUAAGACGUAUUUGAAGAAAAAGCAUAUUCUAGAGAAAAAUAUGGAACGUAAAAUUGGUGUACUGGAAAACUUGCAGGUAUUGCUCUCCAAAAUACACGACACUCAAUCGGAUAAGAAUGUAAUAGAGGCCUACAAACUUGGAACACAUGCACUUAAAAAGGCAUUUGCAGAUGCGGGUAUAACACUCGAUACCGUCGAUGAUGUUUUAUCAGAAAUGAAAGAUGUAUUAGAACAGCACGACGAAAUGCUAAACACAAUUGGUACAACACCCAUCGACGACGUAGAUGAACUGGAACUCGAACAAGAAUUGAGCGAUCUAAUCGACAUAAAGCUUGCGGAGAGCAAUAUCAAUGGAGGACAGUUAGGUCCCGUACCUCCAACAGCCUCUGUCCUACAGCCAGAUGUUACGCCGAUUUCAACAGAAGAUUUUGAUAAAGAGAUAGAAAAACGUUUAGCUGCACUGAGGGUUGAUACAACAGACAUACGUAAUAGUAGUGUAGACGGAAAAAUGAAAAUGAAUAUUUAAUAUAAGCACAACUCAUUUAAAUUUUAUGUUAUUUUGGGAUCUGUGUUUACUACAACAAUUUUAGCGAACAUAAACAAGGCCUAGCCUACCGAAAUUAGUUAUAAUUCUCACUGUUCGAAUUUCUUUGAAAAAAUAAUGAAAAUAAAAUAACGAUAUUUA